CUGUCAUUCGCGAGCAAGUGUCCGAUUAGAACGGUUGGGUAGGAUUUGUUUGUUGAUGGUAUCUAAAUGUAAUUAAAUUUAUACAGUGUAAGUUAAAGAUGGUCUGGAACUAUUUAUAGCAACUCGAUAUAAACCGUGAAAUAAAAUGCGAGAACAUUAAACCUUUUAAAGGAACUGCAAUAUAUUGAUGAGCACGUAUUCAAGUAAAUAGCGGAAAUUAUACCCAUUCCAGACGUCUGCCAUUCGAAUACAUGCCUGGAAGGUGCGUUUCGUUCAAUAAGUAUAGGCAUAGGUGUGUGAGUGUAUAUAGUGGCUGAUGACUGUCUCGCCUUGUGAGCUGGUGUGAAGAAGCUCUCUUUGGCACCGCCUGCUAUAUUCUGUUGCCUGGCAGUUUGCGAGACAGAUGACUGCUAGAUGAGUGAAAAAAUCAAUCAAAUAAAUCUUCAUUAAUUAUGGUGUUACGUUUCUGCUACAUUAGGCCUGCUUUGUUUUAUAAAAGUGCUUGUGAAAUAAAAUAAACCUCAAGAAAGUGUUCUGCUGUGAAAACAAAUUAACAUAGAAGAAAAGUAUAAGUUAGUGUAAAUUAAGAUUCUUUAAAAUCAAGUAGUGGUGUAAUCAAAUAACUCACUAAACAUUCAGUGUCAAAGCGUUAAGAACAUAUAGAGGGUUCCUAGUGCGAAAGAGAAACGUUGAUCAACAAACAGGUUACACUAAAAAUACAAAUUCAUUGUAAUUGAAUCAUCUAUACUCAGAUAAACCCACACGGAGCUCAUCAACAAACACACCGAGGAAGCAGACCAAUACAAUCAUCGUGUAGCACACAGGCUGCAUCCGCUGUUAUUAUAAAAUGGGCAAGGGAGCGCAUGAGAGCUAGUGACCAUGCGAGAGUGAGUACCUCCUAGUCAGCCAGCCAGCCAUCCAUCCAUCCAUCCGGUUCCAAGGGUGGUAAUAACAUUGGCAGCUCGGCAGGUCGUGUAUGGAAUAACAUAGAAGUCGAACCCCACUGUAUAAAAAGGAAUAUAAAACCUCUCUCGGCAGAAACGAGAACAGACGAAACUUAAUGUUCGGAAUGAUGGUGCCAAGACAGAACAACAAAAAAAAUCACCAAAGGGAACAGUUUCCCGAGAGCGGCCGCUAGAUGUAGAGUACAUCCGUUCAUGAAAACACGUUGCUCGUACGGUGUAGAUUGUGUUUCGUCAUUCACAUAACGACCACAGGCUGUGCUAUUCUCUUCGCUCUUAUACUGCCAGUUCCCCCCAACGGAGCCAUUCAAAUAAUGGAGUGAUAGAAUAGUGCGCCGCAGACCUACCCUGGACUUAUUGAGUAUUCCAGCGUCGAACGUGAAAGUUUGAAGGUCUUUUUUGAUCCUAAAUUUGAUUGCGACUUGUGCAAGGUAAAAAAUUGCGUCCGUUUCGUGGUAUCCUACAGAGAGGGAAAGAAAAUGCUUUGCAGUGAUAAGAGAAGUGUCAUCGGAGCUCAUUGCAAUCGUAGCAUGGAUGGAAGCCUAUCAAAAUUUUCCAAUAGGGCGCUCCGACAGCCGGAUAGUCUGCUGGAUAUCACAGCCCGGAUAGUGGCACGAAAUGAGCCUUUUCAAAAAAUCGAGGAACGUUAUGAUCGGAUCCCAGAGCCCGUGCAGAGGCGAAUUAUUUUUUGGUCCUUUCCGCGCAACGAGAAGGAUAUCUGCAUGUACAGCUCGCUUUCCAGGGUAUCCUCUAUAAAUUCUGUGGAACCUCAAAGCCUCAGUUUCUGCGCUGGCUUAAAGCUGGUGGAAUCAGGCUGCGUGGAAGAUGUGCUUCAAGUUGGAUUCCAUCUCAGCGGAGUGGUAUGGACAUAUCCUCCAAACCACAGUCAUCGGCAAUCAUCUGUAGCGGCCACAUCCGGAGGCCGUAGCGACCUCACCUACCAAUACUCCAACAUUAGCAACAUUCACCAGCAUAACAACUACAUCGGACACAAUAACCAUCAUCAUAAUCCGCACAACCAUCGGCCUUUGACGCCUCCGCCUUUACACCAAGCCCCGUUACCUCCCGGGCCACCCAUUCCGCCCGGUGUGAUGGGAGUUGGUGGCCCUGUGGUGAUUCCACCUCCUCCUGGAAUCGCCCAACCCGUGCCACCACAAUACAACAAUAAUCCAAAUAUUGAUCGUGAUGGAUUCAACAAUAUUUCAACCCCGUCAUCUUCAGGUGCAGGCAAUAUGGAGGAGAACAAAAAAUUCAAAGUGUCAGUCAGCUUCGAUAGGUGCAAGAUUACAUCGGUGACUUGUAGCUGUGACACCAAAGACAUUUUCUGGUGCCAUCAUGUCGUUGCACUAGCCCUAUAUAGAAUACGUAAUGCCGAGACAGUAAAACUAAGAGUUCCUAUUUCUGAAACACUAUUACAAAUGAAUCGUCAACAGUUACAAAAGUUUAUACAAUAUUUGAUCUCAGAACAUCAUACCGAAGUCUUGCCAACCGCCCAAAGGCUGGCGGAUGAAAUCCUACAACAACGGUCUGAAAUAAAUUCCAUAUGUGGUGCUCCGGAUCCAACCGCUGGUGCCUCGAAGGAUGACGACCACUCUUGGCAUUUGGACGAAACACAAGUUUGUGAGGCUGUCAAAACCUACCUCGGUCAGGGAAGUUAUUACUAUAGUAGCAAACAUUUGAAUUCCCUCUUUGGCAAGGUACGGGAAAUGCUUCGAGCCCAGGACUCAAACGGUGCCCGUAUGCUGACUUUAAUAACAGAGCAGUUCCUUAACGAUCCUCGUUUAGUUCUGUGGAAAAAUCAUGGAACACCAAUGACGGAGAAAUGUCGGCAGCUGUGGGAUCAGCUUGGGGCGCUUUGGGUUUGCAUUGUUUUAAAUCCUAAAUCGACUCAUGUGGAAAGAUUACACUGGAAAGCAUUACUGGAGAAAUGGUCCAAAAGUGAAGUUUGUCCCCAGGAAGAUCCUGACUUACGUACAUCAACAAGAGAAAGCAUUCGCGAAAGAUCCAACCGAGAGAGGGAACGAGAUAGAAACCGUUUUUUUCGGGAAAACAAUUUGAGAAAUAUGAUGUACUACAAUCAGAAUAACAUCAUUCCAAACGAUCACCGCGGGCGGAACUACAAUGAACCAGUAUUGGUCGGUCCAGCUCUCGAUAGACCAAACAAUGGUCAAAAUGACAAUUUUGAUAGUUCUGAGUCAGAUUCGGACUCUGAUGAGGAAAUGGAGGAAAAUAAUGGGGUUGAUAAUGGUGAAAGCAACAACAAUGCAAAUCCAAACGCUCUCCUUGAACCAAACCGUAAUAAUAUAGAAGAGGAUGUCGACCAAGUACAUAACAUUCUUCAAGAUAUCAAUUUUGGUGUGAAUGGUGAAGCCAGUAAGCCUGACUACAUAAAUUUGCUAAAUGGAAAUAGCAGCCUUAAUCCAAUCCUGCCGGACAACGACGAUAGCUCGAGAGAAUCUAUGGAUGCUGAUAAUGAUAAUCCGAUUCCAGGUCCGAGUAGCGUUGUUGCAAGUAAAUCAGUGAAACAAGACACUUUUUUCAACAAUAACCCCUGUAUUUGUGGCGAGGAGAAAUGCGAAUGCAAUCGUCCUGUAUUUUUCGAUGAAAUAAAGCCAAGUAAAUUUUUCGACUGUGAGGCAUCAUCUUUUUUGGUGACUGAAGACGCCAACCAGGGCUGUGAGCCACUUAAAGUAAAUGAAGAUGAAUUGGAGACUGGUGAUGAGAAGCUAGUAAAGCACUGUGAUAUUUUAACGAAAGGAAGUACAUUAAAAUCCUUCGAGGACCUUGCAAUUCCCGGCCCAUCGGGAUUAGGAAGGUUGCCUUCAGCUUCUAUUUCUUCUUCGAUCGUUGCAACCCAAGGUGAUAAUUGUAAAUGUCAAAAGGAUAGUGAUAACUUAAGUAGCACAUGUUCCACAAACAGCAAUAGAAAUAGCGUGGCUUGUGCCAACAAUGACGAAAAACCGGACAAAUCUGUAGAAUCUGUUCCAACUAAUCCUGCCAGUAGUGAAGGGCUGGCUUCGGCUGCACGAGACGAUGAAGCAAACAAAGGAAACCCAAUGGAAGUAGAAACCGAAGAACCCCAACCAGGACCGUCAAGAGCUUCUGAUUGUGUCAGCAAGCGUCCUCAGGCGGUAGCAAAUGAACGCAAUAAUGACAACAAUGCAAGACCUUGCAAAAGGUUAAAACUCAACAAUGGGAACUGGGUUGGCAAAAAUGUCAACAAAGCACCUCGAACAAUUUUUCACAAAGCACUUGAUGCUGUAAAUAUGACGUGGGAUAAUGACCAUCUGAAAUUUAUCCUCGAAUCCGACAGUUACUCAUUGUCAAGUAAAAAUUCUGUACAAAUAGCUGGCUCCAGCAAGUCGGUGAGCAAUAGCCCCAGCUCAAAAUCAAACUUCAAUGCUCUCGGUCAACCACUUUGGCACGAGCAGAUAUCAAUGACAGCGGCCCGUGUUGAUUCACUUCGCUCCCAUGGCCACAUAGAAGCUGCUCUCAGGUUAUCUGUGAGUGUGGUGAGAUCGAUGAGAGAAAUUCAGCGCGAUGCCCAGGCCCUUUGGCAUCGACACAAACCAAAGAUUGUGGAUCAUAAAAUAAAUGAGGCUGUAUGUAAUUGUCAUAAUAAUAAACCAGUGGAGCCUAUUCAAAUUACCUUGCCAACAACGUCACGAAAAAAGGAAGCCCUGCCACAAACACAACCCUCUCCUGUGGCUGGUCCAUCGUCUUCUAGUUCUGGAUCCAACAAUAAAUUAAACUGCCAGUGUCCUGCACACAUAAAUCACAUGCAACCUCCUCCACCACCACCACCGCAACCACAACAGUUCCAACAUAACCAAAUGAAGAAGGAUUGUUCAAAAUGUUUGCAAAUCAAAUGCUAUUACGAGUCGGUUGGUUCUUCCUCUAAGCAUAAUUACUAUAACAACAUGAUUCGGAACACUCGUAGCGGAAUGAUGUGCCAUUCUACAAAGUGUAAUCCCUUCAUUCCACCAUCGGCGGAAAUGUUUCGUAAUUCUCAACCACAAUGUAGUCGAGAUUAUCGUUACAUGAAGUUUAACAUGCCACCUCCACCGCAUCAUCAUCCGCCGCACGUGCAUCAACACCACCUUCAGCAGGGUGCACCUCCGUUGAUGGGACCCCAGCAAGGUCAACAUGGUGUCGGCGCUUCCAACCACGUACACCAUCCCAGUCACGCUAUUUCGUCACCUGCAGUCAUGGUUCCACAACAUUCUGCUAAUGAUCAUCAAUCGAUGGCGCCCAAGUGUAAUUGUCCUGUUCAUAAGGAAGAACGUCACGAUGGAGCCCCGUUGCCCCCGCCUCCACCUCCCGGAGUAUCGAAUAUGGCACCAACGAUGGCGGGUCCCUCUAAUUCAUCAGCCGUACUACCACCUCCUCUACCACCCCCAUUAGCUCCAUACCACCCCCCAGACGUACUACCGAAAUCGCAAAUGUCCUGCACCCAACAUGACAAAACUCAGUGUUGUAUAAAAAAUAUGUGCUGUAAAAUGCCCACACAAAGCAAAACCCUCGAAACACAAUUCAACGCCCAAAAUGGUCAUUCUACGUCGUCUCAAUUCAUGCCACCACCACCAGCACCAUGUAAUUGUGGAAUGCAUACCAACCCAAUUGGGGCGUACAAAACAAUGUACAAUGGACAUCCCGCCCAUGCUAUGGCACCACCAUCUAUGCCUGGACCAAGCACAUCUCGUAGUAUGCCAAAACCAUACGAUAGAUCUUCAGUACCUUAUCCAGAAAGCGACAUUAGCGGGCCAGGUUCUUCUAAAUCUGCAACUAAAACAUCAUCAAGUUCUUUUUCAGCUUGCAAUCGAGAAUCUGUUAAUGCCUCAUCAAAUUCCUCUGCUGCAGCUAUAUCCUCAGGCACAUCGGCCAAAGGUCAUCAACCGGACUGUGCCGUCAAUAAAAAAUGUUCAGAUCUAUUAAAUGGUAGUAGCUCCUCCAAAUCGAAAAAUUCAAUCAACUAUGGAUCCUCAUCAUUGAAGGCUACGUCCAUAUUAGAUCCGAUUAAAAUAAACCGCAAGCCCAACUGUUUGUCAAAGUGCAUCGACUGCAGUAUAGGCUGUGAAGUAGAAUUUCCUCUGGAUGCAAUCGCUUGCAUAUUUGACUGUUUGGCCGAAGCAUGCAUAAUGCCUGAAGCUAUGGUUAACGAAAUGAGUCGCAUGGCUUAUGAAAUUGGUGCUAAUGCAAAUGGUCAGGGAAACACCACGGCGCCUGAAGACGUUAAUAUUAUUCCGCCCAAAUAUCGCCACAUCCCUGUUCCGGGAACUAACGAUAGGUACGAAACUUACCUAACUCUGGCGUUUGAAGCCGCUAUUUUAGCUUUAAGCAAACAACGGAUUAUGCCACAUGGUCUAUAUGCACAACACGUGAUAUGCAAACAACAGGAUCAGCUGAUAUCUCGUCUACGGAAUAUUGACCUAGAUCAAAUGUUGAUCGACGUUCUUAAGAAUUUGAGCCUUCAGCUGCUCGAUGGCGGUCCUACCAGUGGUCUUGGCGAAAUGAUUCACCCAGAAUCAGUACCAAUGCACACGCUGGCGCGGUUUCUGUUUGCCUCUCUUUUAAAUCAGUAUCCUGAUCUCGCCUUUAAUAUCGGGUUGCGAGCAAUGCGCUUUCCGAUCCUAGAGAAUGUCAGCGAAGGUUCUGUCAAUGGAAUAGAAAUGCAGCAUAACAACUUUAUGCAUUCGCCGUAUCCACGAUGGUGGACGUUGGGACACUUGGAAACGCAGCAAUGCUCACUUAGCUCUACAAUGCUCAGUGCUGCCAAAGGGGACACGAAACGGCUUUCGGCCGUACUGGAAAACGCUCGGCGGAAUAUCCACAGUUCGUCACAUCUGUUUAAAUUGGCACAAGAUGCAUUCCGGUUUGCCACUCCGGAGAAUGGUCCACGUAGUCAAACAUUGCUAGGUGUUGCUUUUGAACUUGGACUACAGGUUAUGAGAAUGACUUUAACGUGCUUGAACUGGCGCCGCAGGGAAAUGGUGCGUUGGCUGGUGACCUGCGCUUCCCAUGUCGGCCUAGAAGCACUGAUGUCCAUUAUGCAAAAUUGGUAUCAUCUCUUUACACCAACAGAAGCAACCGGACCAGUAGCAACAACGAUUAUGUCACAUUCCACAAUUAUGAGAUUGAGCCUAAGCUUUCGCCAACAAGACGAUUUGUCCAACUGUGCCAGAACACUGGCUCUGCAGUGUGCUACCAAAGAUCCACCGAAUUGCGCCUUAAAUGCGCUGACUCUGUGCGAAAACGAUGCAAUGGCAUUUGAGACUGCCUAUCAUAUUGUUAUAGAUGCUGCCACGCAUAUAAUGACUUCAAGUCAGCUGUUUACUAUUGCCAGGUAUAUGGAACAUAGAGGAUAUCCUUCACGAGCUUAUAAUUUGGCAAUGUUGGCGAUGAAAAAUGUACAGUUAGCCUAUAACCAGGACACUCAUCCUGCCAUCAACGAUAUUCAUUGGGCUUGUGCACUGUCACAUUCGCUAGGGAAAGCGGAACUAUCAAAAAUGAUUCCUCUUGUGAUUAAAAAUGUGCAAUGUGCAACAGUGCUAUCUGACAUAUUACGCCGUUGUAGCGUACCAACUCCCGGAAUGCAUAAUUUCAAUGCGCACGGUAGAGGUAACAACAUGCGUCAGUGUAUGAAAUUAAGCUACGACCGAGAACCGUUGAAUCAACUUCUUGAGGCUGCUGUUUCUGCCUAUGUGAACACCACCCAUUCACGCCUUUCGCACAUCUCUCCGAGACAUUACAGUGACUUUAUAGAUUUUCUUAGCAAAGCUAGAGAUACCUUUAUGCUUGCACGUGACGGACCUGCACACUUCUCACGACUUAUCGAGAACAUAACCAUUGCAUACAAAGGAAAGAAAAAGCUGGUUCGACAAGUAAGGCAACGUUUUCAGUUUGUUUAGUGAAACUGAUACUAUACUGUAGUACUUCAACUAAAAGACGGUAUAUCAGAAUAAUAAGACACUUUAUUUAGCGACAGUCUAUAGGUAGAAUAACAAAUUACAUAACAACUUAGUCCGCUGAUUAUUUUGAAGUCUUCACUUAGGUUUUUUAAUCGGGAUUGUUGUUUUUGUUUAUCAUACAAUAUCAAGCAGUAUUAUUCAUAUUGAACAGGCUCUUCCAUUUUGGUUUAUAGAUGCGUUUUUGUUGUGGUUAUUUGUUGUAGCUCGUACAACUUUUGCAAUGAUCAUUUUAAUUUGACUGGACAAUUUGUUAUAAUUUUUAUUUAGAUUUAUUACUAUUUGCAUAGCCAAUGAUGUAUGCAGAAGAUGUUAAUGUAUUGAAUUGCUUUUAAAAAGGAAAAGUUGAAAUUUUGUUUCGGAAUGAUUUAAAAUAUUAUUCGUUGGCAAAUAAACACUAAAAAAUAAUGUAUAGCAGAGACAAAUAAGCUAAACCUAAGACUUCCAUUUUAUAAUUCAGUUAAUGAAAAUACAUUUACACUUAUCUGUGUAUGAAUUUAAUGGAAAUCAGUUACGUGAACGGAGCAUAAUAACAAGCCCGCUUUUUUAGAUAUACACGAUAUAACAGCUGAAAUAUAUGCAACUCUGUCCUACCCACGCAUUGUACAAAUAAUACUUAAGAUAAAUUGGCUGCUAAUGCUCGUACAUAUAUAACAUAAGUAGAACUGAUAAAAUAACUUAGUAGAUAGACUGCAUAGAUCACUUUGUUUAUAAAGAAAAGAAUCACCAAAUGGACUAUUUUGGUUAUUUGCUAACAGCGUUAGCUGCAUUUGUAGCAGAGCCAAUAUUUCUGGGAUGCGACUCUUAAAGUUUUCAAUGAACUUUGUGCCACCAUAUCUGUGCCGAACGAUUGACUUAGAUUUCAGUUUGUAUGAAAAAAAGUAAUCUUUAGUAUAAUUUAACCAAUUUAGUUAAAAUACCUCAACUAUUUAAAUUGACUAAUAGAUAAAUUUACAAGAUUAGCUUUUAGUUUACCCUGUGUAGACCUAUGACGAAUCAGCAUUCUAAAAAAAUGAUCAGUUAUUGACGAAAGGAACAACCAAUGCAUUGACACUAUAUACUAACACGACUAUCUGCAUUCAAAAUGGCUGCGUGUUGCGUUGACGAUGUAGCGGAACUUUGAUCGAAAUAUUACCUUACACUAAAACAACGCUCUCAGUAUAUCGCAUCAUAAACCAACAUUGUAAUGAAAUAUUUACUGCCAAAACAAACUAAUCAAAGAAAACCGUCAACGAGUAUGUUUAAGGGAUGAGAAAUUGAGCUGCAUUGCGAAAAUUGAACUAAAUAUAAACGAAAAUUAGUUCUGCAAAUUCAAUUGUGCCCGCUUAUUUCUUACCCUGUAUAAAAACUACAUAUUUUCCGUUUUCAUAAACAAAGAAAUAAGACCCAUGUUUAAAAAGCAUUUUUAAACACUAUAUAGUGUCGUUCAACUAUUCAUAAACAUCUUUAUUAUUUAUAAAAUAAAGCUAUCAAUCCAAAUUUUGGUUCAAAUAAAGUCUAGAAAUAAAGAAACAUAGAGUUCAUGGCAUUUUAAAUGAUUUCAGUACUAUAUCGAUAAUAAUGCAACUUGUUACGCCUCUUAUGUUUCGAUGUAAGUUUAUCUCAGGUAUUGUAAAGUUUAAUUAACAACAAAUAAAAUGUCAAUGAGGAAAUUUACAUAAUAAUACAAGAUUAACUAACUAUCAAUAAAAUAACAAAAUAAACUAUUUCA